AUGGCGAGCCACGAUGAGGAUGCACUUCCCGACUUCGAGGAAGACCAAACCUUCGAUCAGCAGGCACAGACCGGCGAGGCGAAGAAAGGUUCGGAGCAACUCUGUGUUUUCAUCAGGAAUGUUUGAUAUCGAUUUGCCAGUUCCUGAGCUUUGCAAUACAAGACUUUUGCUUUUUUGCAGGGACUGCCUGUUGCCCCGGUGGCUCUUAUGCGUACGAAUGUCACAGUCAGAGUUUACCUUUACACCUCGCAAUCAGGUAAUUACAUCGGCAUCCACGCCAGCGGGUUUCGUGACUUUCUCUUGAAGGCCGAAUUGCAGAGAGCUGUCGUUGAUUGCGGCUUUGAACAUCCGUCCGAGGUGCAGCACGAGUGCAUUCCCCAGGCCGUGUUGGGUAUCAGAUUGUGUGUCUGUUUGUCUAGUCUUUCGACCACCGAGCGCCGAUAGCAUGAUACUGGCUGAAAACGUCGCUUUGAGUUUUUCUCAAUAUUUUACAUACAGGUACCGACGUCCUGUGUCAGGCGAAGUCGGGAAUGGGAAAGACAGCCGUGUUCGUGCUAAGCACACUGCAGGGAUUGGAGGAUGGCCAAGUUCCGAUCGAAGAGGGCAAAGAAGAGAAAAAAAACAAGCUGCAAGUCUUGGUGUUGUGCCAUGCUCGCGAACUCGCGUACCAGAUCAAAAAGGAGUAUGACCGGUACAAACGAAGCAAGAUUCCAUUGGUUUGUUUGUUUUUUAAUCGGCACAACUACUAUCUGAUAUUGAGUGAUGUGAUUAAGAUUAAAUCCGCCUCCCUGGAACAGAGGUCUCGAUGAUUGCGCUGCACCUGACUUAGUGGCAAAAGAGAAAAGCGGCACAUUUUACAAGGUUCGCGAAGUACUUCGCCUGGUGCAAGGUGGCAGUUGUGUACGGUGGCACGCCCAUUGCGGAAGACAAGAAACUGCUUAAGGAGACGGAAACCUCGCCGCACAUUGUUAUUGGAACUCCGGGUACGCUUGCUUGCUGUGUGUGUCUGGAUGAUGUUAGUACAGCAUGUCUCUGGCAGCCUGAUGCAGAAGCAAUUAGGCUGUGGAACGCUCUCCCUUUGUGAUUUCAUAUGAUCGAUUUCAUACACAGGUCGUGUACUUGCGCUGUUGAAGGACAAGGCCUUGGCUCUUGGUGACGUGAAGCAGUUUAUUUUAGACGAAUGCGACAAGUGCUUGGAGAAAGCGGAUAUGCGCCAAGACGUGCAGAAGAUUUUCAUCCAAUGCCCCAAAAAAAAGCAAGGUGAGACAGCGAGAUUCGUUCAUGUAAAUUUUGGCAGUUGCUCCAUUAUCGUCGCUCUCCAAAUUAUACGCUGUUGCCACUACUAUUUCCGACAGCUGCGACGGACGUCCGAUAUUUGUAUCUGCAUGUGUACUUUUUCUUUCCAGUGUCACGUGGAGGUUUUUAGUCGAAUUGGAAUGCGUGACUGUCGUUAUGGAAUCAUGAAAUAUCUACAGUUAUGAUGUUUUCCGCUACCAUGACGAAGGAGAUUCGGGAUGUCUGCAAAAAGUUCAUGCAGAACCCGCAUGAAAUUCGGGUCGACGAGGAAAGCAAGCUGACACUGCAUGGGCUUCUCCAAUACUACGUAAAGCUGGACGAGGCGAAAAAAAAUCGGAAGUUGAAUGAUUUGCUGGACAUCCUUCAAUUCAAUCAGGUACCAAAUGAUACUUCAUGGAGUUCAUGUUUGACGAAAAAAUGUGAUGCGAAAAAACCGCACCAUGUUGACUGGGUAGCAGUUUUUAUGUCCUAGGCUCUACUGGGAGCAGCCUGGUCUCCUUUCGGAAUCCGCAAGGAUAAUGAUAACUAUCAGCAGUAACACUAUUGUCGCCCAAACACAAUCGCGUUUGAUUUUACACAGGUUAUCAUCUUCGUGAAGUCGGUUCAGCGAGCGAUCGCGCUCGAUAAGCUGUUACAGGAAUGCAGCUUUCCGUCCGUAGCAGUUCACUCGGGUUUGAAGCAGACCGAGCGGAUCGAGCGCUACAAGGCGUUUAAGGAAUUUCAAAAGCGGAUCAUGGUCGCUACGGAUUUAUUCGGACGAGGAAUCGACAUUGAAAAGGUGAAUGUCGUCAUCAAUUACGACAUGCCUGCGGAUUCGGAUUCGUACCUGCAUCGUGUUGGGCGCGCUGGGCGUUUCGGGACCAAAGGUCUGGCAAUUACCUUCACGGCGACGGAUGAGGAUAAAAAGGUGUUGGAGGACGUUCAGGCUCGCUUCGAGGUGCAAAUCACGGAGUGCCCCGAGCAGAUCGACCCCACUAGCUAUCUAAAUGCGUGAUGGAUCAUCAGGCGACGAUUGUUGGUCCUAAUUUUCUAGUCUUGUUGCUUAAUGUCAUGACUGGUUGUACUCGGGUCCUUCGGUCAGGCCUUCCUGCAAUGUUUAUAUGAUCUUACUUUUCAUUUCCUGGAGAUAGUUUUCAUAGAAACACAAUGAAUGUCAAUGUAACGAAACAUCAAGACCAACAUAAAAAUAAAUGUGAAAUUGACCACCUGUUUUGUUUUACGAAUUAUGAUCAAAAUGAAGAUCAAGUAUUUUUCACUAUGCCUCCUCCGCUGAAGGCGAGGAGAUUCUAUCUCAGACAGAACGCGAGUGCAGUCAGUCUCUGCUACGGGCAGAUAUGGCACCCCACAGACCUAGACUCUUGCUUUACUAAGUAGAUGUUGAACUCCUCCUCCGUGGGUAGUAGGUAUGCAUCUUGCCGUCAGUAUUAACAGCGUGCAGUGACCGCCAACUUAAAUGCCACAUCAAUCUGUUUUUGUUGCAUGUCUCUCGUCUUUGAUGGCGGUCUGCGUCACUUCAGACCCCGUUGCGAUGAGAAAAAGUAUCACGGGAAAAAUGCACAUACUUCUGCUAUUUCGCGCGCUCUAGCGUCUGAAAUUUCCGGAGGCCGCGUUGAAGUUGCGGCAAGCUCUUUAUUUCAUUGUAGCCAUCAAACAACUUAAACUUGUACUUUCGGAUGUUGUUGGAGUUUCGCCAACUCGGAACUCUGUUGCGAUGGGUCCUCUUGGAGAAAAAAAUCUUGCACGGGUCUACUGUGCGUGCGUAACUCAAGCAUGCAUUCUGAAGGAGAACGCUUGCUCUCUUCUUUUUGUUCCAGAACUUCCGAUCUGAAGUUGUCCAUGUGCUAACUCGC